AUGAAAAGCUUAAGAGAUAAAAAUCCAACUUUAUUUUCUUCGCUUGCAAGCAGCAUUAAUGUUGAGCAAGGAUAUGAAGGCACUGUACAGAAAUUAAACAACAGCAAGUUUUUCUUUAAUCGAAGAUACCUUGCUGUAGACAAUUAAAAAUGUCAGUUAGGGGUAGGGCUUAGGUCCUACAUCGGCUCAGCGAGAGAAGUUCACAACUUUUUGAGAGUCUCGGAUUAAGAGAAUAGAUCUAAAAUGUGCCUGGUGUAGAUUGAGAGAUCCGAGAGGGCUUAAGGCACAGAAGCAGUUUGACAAUUAGACGAACCCAUCUACCGUUAUUAAAAGUGUGAUCCAAGCUGAGGCCAAGAAGUACGGGACUUGAAGAAUUAACAUAAGCUCAAACUUUAAACCUUGUUGUAAAAAAUGGGCUAAUUUCUUAUUUCAGAAACCCUCCAAGCGAAGGCAUCCCCACAACUCCCAACAAAACCCCUCCAAUGCCCAAAGCAAAAGUCCACGCAAUCGACUGCGAAAUUAAACGAGUAGACCCUGAAUACUCCAAAAAAAAGAAAAAGCCCUUCAUGUUUCAAAUUUCAUUUUGGGUUGCUCAAGGCAAAAAGCCCAAAAGAAUUAUGUGAAUUUUCGCAGUCGAAACAGAGAUGAUUUUAAAUACCUGGCUAGAUUUUCUACAACGUGCAAGACAUCCUAUAAAUGAAAGUGAGGAAGAGCAAGGGUUUCAAUACGAACUGCCUGAAGACAAUUCAGAAAACGAAGAUGAAAAUGAAGAAGAAAAACUAAAAGAAAUGGAAAAAAUCAACCAAGAAAAGCUGAGGGCUGAGAAACUUAAAGCUGAACAAGAAGAAAAUUUCAAAAGGAGCUUGGAGCUGGAAAAGAGAAAAGCAAGACAGAGGGAAAAAGAAAAAGAAGAAAAUAGGAAGAAAAUGGAAAUUGAAUAUGAGCUGCAAAGACUGCAAGAAGAAGCUGAUAAAAAGAAAAAAGAAGAGCUGGAAAAUCAGAGGAAGGAAAGGUUUAGAAAGCUGCUGGAAUAUUCGUGGGAUUAUAGGUUUCAAAAUUUGUGAAGUAGAGUGUUAGGGUCAAGAGAUGACUAUGAACAAAAUUUGACGUACGGAAUAAGACUGUUUAAGCAUUUAGGAGUUUUUGAGCAAAAAGCUGUGCAAGCGAGUAAAGCUAUAAUUGAUGAGCUGUACCAGCCAAAAACAAAAAGAAGAAUCCAGCCUCUUUCAGACUCUCUAGUGCCUAUGUAUAUUUAUCAAAACAUGAUAUUCCGCUUAACAUGAGACCAAGAAGACAGUAAUUCUUGCAAGCUAUUUGGGCAUGAAUUUCGUGCCUCUGAUAUGCUUCUUGAUGCUCUAUUUUUACUAGGUAGAAAAGAGCAAACAUUUCACUUGCGAGUUCCUUUAACUUCUGUUAUUGACUACAAAGGAUUUCGGAUGCUCGUUAUUGCUUUGUCACCAUUAGACGGUGACAGAACCUUAAUUCAUGGGCCAAGCUCAGAAGGUGUAUAUCAUGCCUCUUUGCCUAUUUACGACUAUUUGUCAUGAAUAGCCCAAGUCUUAAAUCUAAAAGAACACAAAUUUGAAUGAGAUGAAAGAAUAGCUCCUGCUUAUGUCCAUUUAAGCGUUUUCACACAAGUCCAUAAAAGUUUAGGUUAUAAAGAACUAGAAGAAUAUGUCAAAGAAAGCAUGGGCUCAGAUUCUCCUGAAGAAGUGACUAGUGAAGACCAUAUGUACAUGGUAAAAUUAUCUGAUUUAUUGCCUAUUGAUAUUGAUAUAAAUAAAUCUGAUCCUGAUUUUUCACAGCGACUAAGGCCGGAAUUUAUAUGUGACUUUGAAAAUCCACUAUCUGCAGAUGCUUUUAUUAAUAGUUCUGAAGAAAAUGCGAACCAAGAAGACAUAGAAGUAGCUGAGGCUAGUAGAUAUUUGAAAACAGCUAAAAUUCCUGAGCUAAUUGAGCUGUUGGAUUCUUUGAGCAUUAUGCCGAUUGAUUCGAAAUCAAUGACACAAGCUUUGCAUAGUAAUGGGAUUAAUAUAAGAUAUUUAGGAAUAAUAUCAGAGCAGACAAGUCUGCCGCAUAUUAAAGAUAUAGCAACUGUAGAAAUUGUAGCAAGAACUUGUAAGCAUUUAUUGUUUCAACAGUUAGCAGAACUAAUGCUUGAGUCUAGCGAUUUGUCUCCGGAGAGAAAAGCAACAGAUAUUGGAGAAGAUAAAUUAAUGGGCACUUUAGGCACAAAAACUGUUGAAGGCAAUUAUUUAGAUGAAGCUAGCGAAAAAAUUAAAGAUGAUAUUGAAAAAGCUGCAUCCUUAUCGUAUCAUCAAAGUAAACCAAUUAAUUAUGAAUUAAAGAUUUUAUAGAGCUGAAAGUAUUAUUUUACACUUUAUAUUAAAAAUAGAUAUUCCAUUUAGGAAAAGAGCUUUCACAAAAAUGAUAGCAGUCUCUUUACAAAUGCCUAUACAAGAGACUCUAGCUGAUUCUCAUAGAAUUGAUCCCGUUUCUCCAAGAUCUCACAUAAGAAUGGAUGCUUCUAUAAACUAAAUUAAUUAAAUUACGGCCAUUAGACCUUAAAGUCUGAUUUUUCAAGUAAUUUCUCCAAAGUCUAUCCUUUUCAAGUAAUUUCUUUGCUUCUAUAAAGGAAUGCGUCGUUGACUAUUUAAACUUGGUUUUCACAUACAUAAAUGGCGAUGACAUCUGACCCGUCCUCUCGUGUUCGUGUGAGGGUAACCCAUGCAUAUCUGGGGCAUGAUUUUCGGAGUCAGGAGUUGGUCCAGCAAUAUCUGGUGUCCUGCAGUGAAGGACUUAAGCACAAAUCCUCAGAUUUGUGGCCUGAUCCAAUGGAGUUGUUCACAACUUUUUUUUACCAGCAACGCUCGAGCCAGCUACACCGAAAUGGAGGAGGGUGAAUUACCUGCUCAAGCUGCUAUGGUGAUAUGCCUCGAAUUGUGGAAGAGGUUGAGUUUUUCUUAAGUGAUGAUCUGGGAAAAAUGGAAAUCUAAUCUAAUCUAAUAAAACUUGGUUUUUGGCAGCGGAGAAGAAAGUGAUUUAUUCUGGGAUGGGAUUUUACUCCCAAAAGCUUCCAAAAAUUUCAACAUCAGUGAAACAACUUUAACAAAAAGCCAAAUAAACCUCCAUGCACUUUUACAUGCCGUCUGCUAUCAUUGCGGCCUUAAUUUAACAUUCUAUAAAGAAACUGAGCUUGGAAAAGCAGAAAACCCCUUUGUUUUACAAAAUCUCGAUAAAAUAAAUGAAAAAGUUAAAAUGUUUUCUAUGAAAAAUGUAGAGUACAAAAUUUUGGCUGAAAAAUAUUUAGAGUAUAAAGAUGCAAAAAACCACGGUUUAUCCUUACAAACUUGCAAUUUAAAACUAAGAAUAAGCAAAGCUCUGAGUUCAGAUCCAGAGUAUUUAGGAGAUCCUGCACUUUUAGCUGAUAUUGGAGAAAUCCUUUUAGAGACUGGGGAUGCAGAAAAUGCAGUUAAAAAAGCAAAAGAAGCCCUAAUUCAAGUGCAUCCUUUGCAUUCAGAAAGCGUAAAAAGUUGGUGUGUAUUAAUGAGAGCUCUUUUUCAAAAAAAUAUGAUGGAUGAAGCGCUGCAGUGCUUUGAUAAUGCGUUAAAUGCUCUUGAUUACCAUUGGGGUCCUUAUCAUCCUUUGCAUUCUACUAUCUACUCUAUUUUAGCCUUUUUGUAUAUGCAGAGGCAAAAUUAUGAUGAUUCACUUAUUCUCUAUAAAAAUUCACUUAUGUGCUGCUUAAGGGUUUUAGGUCCAAAUCACCCGCAUACAGCUGAAGUUUAUAUGGAGCUUGGGAAUCUUUAUAUUAGGAUUGAAGACCAAGCUGAAGCGUUGGCUGCUUUUGAAAAAGGAUAUUCUAUAUAUGAAGCAUCAAUAGGUAAAAAUUCAAUAAUCACAGUAAAUGCAGGAACACAAUUAGCCCAAUUAUUGAUAAACCAAGGAAGAUAUGACCAAGCGAAGCCAAUAAUUUCUCAUUGUUGUGAAGUCCAUGAGCUUAUAAUUGAAGAGCUUGGUCGUGAUAAAGACCCAGAAAACUCAGUUAAAAUAGCUCAUCAUUAUGAUAAGCUUUAUGAAAUUUUAGCCCUUGGACUGACACUUGCAUUAGCAAUAUUAAAUUAUAGCUUAGUUUUAGUGUAUUGUGAAAGACUAUGAGAAGUAUUAGAAAUAAGAAAUGAAGAGACUGAUAAGGAAAUCAUUGGAAGGGUUUUAAAGUUUGCACUUGAAGCAAAAUUGAAGCUGUUAAUACCUGAUAAAAAAAAUCUAAUUUUGAGUGCUUUAUUGAAAGAAGAAGAGAAUACUGACCAAGAAGAAGUAUAACAAUAGAAUAAAAUAUUAUAAAUUUUAUAUGUAUAUAAUUAGAGUGAAAAUACAAUACUGCCAGGCAUAUAUAAAUAUGUUGAAGAAAUUAAUAGCCAUAAAUAUAUGGAAAGGACUAGAAAAGAUGGAGGACUAUGCAGACAUGUUGAUAAGUUGAUUGAAGAAACUGUAAGUUUAGAAAGAAAAAGAGGAAGAAUUAUGGCUACUGAUGAUAAUAUUAGAUUGAGAAAAGCUGUAGAAGAAUUGCAAGGAAUAUUAGAAGUUGUAGGACCAGAAGUUCUUGAUUUAUAA